GCCGUGGCGACGUCGUGAGCAAGGCGCAGCCGCAUGUGCGCGCUUUGGGCGCUGCUUCAGGGUCCUCGACCACGUUACCGGCGCCGUGUACCUGCAACGAUCACGCAAAAGACAGACCCGACACGCGACUUGAACUUGGCGAUCCGACUUGCAUGCUGCUGCUGUGCCCGCCUCGCCGUCUGUCUGGAUUGAAGAGCAGGCUUCUUUUCGUCCAGCUUGCAUGCAGACCGACGUCUUCGCCGGGUCCGUCCUGUGUACAUUCCUUCGCCGCUGGAAUCGUAUCCACGCCUUCUGCGUCCUCCCUGUGCUCGAUCUCUCAGGCCGUUUCUUGACGCCCAAACUCAGAUCCAACCGUCAAGACGGCGCAAGCUACCGUGCCAGUCACAUCCGCCCGCUGCGCUUACCCACGCAAGCGGCGCUGGAUACCCGUCCUCUGCCGUACGGAGCAAAGCCUUGUCACGACAACAUAGCAUCGAAGAGGUCGAAGACGACGUCGACGUCUGCUUGCAUAGCUGCAGAGAGACCGCGGACACCGCUCCGACGACAUGCCCUCCGAUCUGCGAUCCAGCCUGGAUCGCUACCAUGACGGAAAGUCCCACGAGCCUCUUCUGGCUACCAAGGACGGCGAGCAACAUCCGGGCUACGAUUCACCACCGCGGCCGCCGCCGAGCCGGAGGAGCACGACCAAAUUUCACGAGAGGGAUCCAGAACUAGAGGCCAAGAAGGCAACAAGGAAGAGGUACACUUACGCGGGGUUCUUCUUGAUCUUGAGUCUGGUCAGUUUCGCCGUCCAGACCGAGACGGCCGUCUACAUACAGUCUCAGCUGCAUUGGGAGAAGGCAUACUGCAUGCUAUACUUUACACACGGCUCGUGGUCACUCCUAUGGCCCAUGACGGUUCUUAUCCUCCGGAUCCAGAAGUGGAACCAGCCAUGGGAUGUCUUCUGGCGGCGGCACAAGGAGAUUCUCACGCAGACCGCGCAGAUGGUGCGCUACCAGACUGUGCACCCGGCUGUCAAGCAGCGGACCGAAAACCCUUGGCCUUUCAUGAUGCGCACGACCGCGUUCGUGACCUGCGCUCUUACCUGCGCUGGCAUUAGCUGGUACAUCGCCGUGAAUCUGACCACAGCAAGCGACCUCACCGCCAUCUAUAAUUGUUCUGCGUUUUUCGCGUACGCUUUCUCCGUCCCGUUGUUGCACGAGAAGGUCAGACUGUCCAAAGUCCUCGCUGUCGCUGUCGCGAUCGCAGGCGUCCUGGUAGUUGCCUAUGGGGGUACAUCACACACGCCCAAGCACGGCAGCAAGUCUGGCGGCGGCGCUGGCGGGCCUGACCACGACAAGAGUAACGAAGAUGGAGAGCAUCCAUACCAGUUCAUCGGGAACGUCAUCAUCGGCAUCGGAAGCGUUCUAUAUGGCUUUUACGAGGUCCUUUACAAGAAGGUGGCGUGCCCGCCAGAAGAGUGCUCGCCUGGCCGAGGCAUGAUCUUCGCAAAUGCGUUCGGUAGCAUGAUGGGCAUGUUCACACUGACCGUCCUCUGGAUUCCGCUCCCGAUCCUACACGUCAUGGGCUGGGAGAAAUUUGAGCUUCCUCACGGCGAGGCCGCCUGGAUGAUGGCCGUGUCCGUGCUCUCCAACGCCGUCUUCUCUGGCUCCUUCCUCGUCUUGAUCUCGCUCACGAGCCCAGUGCUGAGCUCCGUUGCUGCACUGCUGACGAUCUUCAUCGUCGCAAUCAUUGACCAGCUUCUUCCGCCCCCGCUAUACUCGCCACUCACGGGCAGUUCCAUCGCCGGCGGGCUGCUGAUCAUUGCUGCGUUCGUUGUGCUCAGUUGGGCGACGUUUAAGGAGAUGGAUGAGGAGCGCAGGAAGAAGAUUGAGCAGGCCGAUGUGGCGGAGAGCGACAUUGGCGAUGACUUUGAUGACUAGACUUUUGCCGCUGCGCUACGUCCCGAGUGCGCGCCACUUUGCCAGCGUUCUUUUCUGGGGCUUGCAUCUGGGAGGUUGUUUUGCACAGUAUUUUUUUUUUCAUCUACUAAAUAGCGAAAGGCGCCGUCGAGACGAGCGCGUCGCAUGGAGUUAUUUGGGUAUAGACAGUGCGUCUGGUAUAUCAUCAGACUGACUUUAUUCUUUCCAUAGACUGCCGUGAUGUACAGUGUCAGCCACAUCGGCCACCAUCCAAUGUACAUAUGACUCUGUCCUAUUCGAACAGUGUCCUUUGAAAAGCC